AUGUCGCCGACCAAUCGACCUGUGGUUCAGUACCCGGCCUCACCCACGCGGCAGGUGAUCGCCGUGCCGUCGGUGAGCUCCCCCGUGCCGCUGAGCGCCGGGUCCUUCGUGAGCCCCGUGAGCAUGGUGCCGCCGGUGACGACGCCGAUGCCAAUGACCUACAGCCAGGUGUCACAGGUGGCUCCAGUCCUCACGAGUCCCUUCCAGUUUGGGAAGGUCUCCAAUCCCUCCCUGACCGUGAAGAAGCCGCUCGAGGCCGGUGCCGCGGAGGCCGCCAAGUGCGGGCAGUCCAUCCACCACGCGGCCAAGAUGGGGAACAUCGAAGCGAUUCGCUACAUCCACAGGAAUCACCCACACAGCAUCCAUACCUAUGAUGAAACCGGUCAGAUGCCAUUGCACCAUGCCGUUUGCAAAGGCCACAAGGAGAUGGUCAAGGAGCUGUUGAAGCAUGGCGCAGAUAUCGAGGCCACCAACCAUGACGGCCGGGGAAGCCCACACCGGUCACCGGACGUGUUUUCAGUUGGAUGGUUUUCAGAUGGACCUGCACAAAGGAAGAUGGACCCUCUGUCAAAGAGGCAUGUGGACUCUGCCACGUGUGUUUCGGUGCAGAAAAAAAGGAACGUGAGUGAUUUGUAG